AUGAUACCAAACUUGUAUAGGCAGCCACAAUCACUAUCUUCCCAGAAUCCAACAAUGCAAAGAGUCCCUCAGGCCCGAGGAACAAGGCUGGCACAACCGAGAAAUCGUUUUCCUGGACAACCUCGUACAAUAUCAGCUCAAGCAAGAAAUUCCCUAUUUCCUCCAAAUAUGGAUGUGGAGAUGCAUGAGGUAGCGCCACAAGGAACCCCAGACCCCGUGAGUGAGGUACUAAACCCCAAAACAACCAUCAAAAGUCGCAGAAGAGCCCCUGCAUCGAAGAACCAAAAGCACUGA